UUUACUCAGCAUGAUUGAGUUCUUGAAGUUAAAUAGCAUUAGUUCUUGUGUAUUUUUUUCCACCAAAGCUACAAGUUUACAACUUUAUCAAUGAAGUUCUACUUUUACAAGAUUUGUUCUUUUUUUGUGUUGUCCAUAAGUGUUUGUUAUGCAAUAACUAUACCUCCUAAUAAGUCUAUUCCAGCAGUGUUUGUUUUUGGAGACUCUAUUGUUGAUACUGGUAACAAUAAUGGCCUUAAAACUAUAGCUAAGGUGAAUUAUCCUCCUUAUGGUAAAGAUUUCAUGGGAGGAAUACCAACUGGAAGGUUUUCUAAUGGCAAAGUCCCCUCAGACUUCCUUGUGGAAGAAUUGGGAAUAAAAGAUCUUUUACCAGCAUAUCUUGAUCCAACUUUACAAGCAGAAGACCUCAUCACAGGAGUUAAUUUUGCUUCAGGAGGUGCAGGAUAUGAUCCUCUAACAUCCGAAAUCGCGAAAGUCAUCUCAUUAGAUGGCCAAGUGAUAUUAUUCAAAGAGUACAUUGUAAAGCUCACAGAGUUGGUUGGAGAAGAUCGAAAGAAUGAAAUCUUGGCAAAUAGCUUAUUCAUGUUGGUCACAGGAGCCAAUGACAUUACCAACACUUAUUUCGGUAUGCCUCUUCGAAAAUCUUACUAUGAUGUUCCAUCAUACGCUGAUCUAUUGGUCAACUUUGCUUGCAGUUUUGUACAGGAUUUAUAUGGUCUAGGGGCACGUCGUAUUGGUCUAUUUGGCAUACCACCAAUCGGAUGUUUGCCUUCGCAGAGAACACUGAAAGGAGGAGAAGCAAGACAAUGUGUUGAUAACUUGAACCAAGCAGCACAAUUGUUCAACAGCAAGUUGGAAGCUUACUCAAGUUCUCAGGGAAACAAGUUACCUAAUUCAAGAUUGGUGUAUAUAGAUACAUAUAAUGUUCUGCUUGAUGUCAUUGACAACCCUCAACGAUAUGGAUUCAAAAUUUCAGAGAAGGGAUGCUGCGGGACUGGGAAAAUAGAAGUUGCAGAGUUAUGCACAUAUACAUGUUCCAGUGAUUCUGAUUAUAUUUUUUGGGAUAGUUUUCAUCUUACAGAGAAAGCAUACAGACUUUUAACUCAUCAGAUUCUUGUCCAACAUUUAAGUAGCUUCUUCUGGGAUCCAGGAAGGAUUUUUCGCCUUGACAAUCGCAGCAAAACCAAAAAGGCAGGGCAGGACAUGUGUGUUUUUUCCUCCAUGCUCCGAGAAAUGUUUUCAGCUCUAUCGAUAAAGUUUUUCUCGUUUGAAAGACAUACUUUUCUAGUGUUGUCAAGCAUUUGUUAUGCACUUCUACUGUGCAAUGCCCAGGCUGACAUGAGAGUACCGCGUAAUAAGUCUAUUCCAGCAGUGAUAGUUUUUGGAAACUCCAUUGUUGAUACCGGUAACAAUAAUGGCCUCACAACCAUAGGGAAGGUUAACUAUCCUCCUUAUGGGAAGGAUUUCAUGGGAGUAAAACCAACUGGAAGAUUCUCUAAUGGAAAAGUUCCUCCAGACUUGAUUGUGGAAGAAUUGGGAAUAAAAGAGCUUUUACCGGCGUAUCUUGAUCCAACUUUACAAGCAGAAGACCUCAUCACAGGAGUUAAUUUGGCUUCAGGAGGUGCAGGAUAUGAUCCUCUAACAUCUGAAAUCGCGAAUGUUAUAUCAUUGUCCGGUCAGUUGGAAAUGUUCAAAGAGUACAUAGUAAAGCUCAGAGAGAUAGUUGGAGAAGAUAGAAAGAAUGAAAUCUUGGCAAAUAGCUUAUACAUAUUGGUCAUAUGUAGUAAUGACAUUACAAACACAUACUUCAGUACGCCUCUUCGAAAAUCCUACUAUGAUAUUUCAUCAUAUGCUGAUUUUUUGCUCAACUAUGGUUCUAGUUUUUUAAAGUAUUUAUACAAGCUAGGGGCACGCCGGAUUGGAGUUUUUGGCAUACCACCAAUCGGAUGUUUGCCAUCGCAAAGAACACUGAAAGGAGGAGAAGAAAGACAAUGUGUUGAUUAUUUGAACCAAGCAGCACUAUUGUUCAACAGCAAGUUGGCAGCUGACUUAAGUUCUCUGGGAAACAAGUUACCUAAUUCAAGAUUAGUAUAUGUUGAUAUAUACAAUCUUCCACUUGAUGUCAUCAACAACCCUCAAAAAUAUGGAUUCAAGAUUGCAGACAAAGGAUGCUGCGGGACAGGGCAAAUAGAAGUUGCAGAGUUAUGCAGAUUCGCAUGUUCCAGUGAUUCUGAUUAUGUCUUUUGGGCUAGUUUUCAUCUGACAGAAAAAGCAUACAGGCUUUUAGUUCAUAAAAUUCUUGUCCAACAUUUAAGUAGCUUCUUCUGAUAAAUUUACACUCCAACAUGGCGUGUUUAAGACCACAAGAUUAAAGCACAUUUUGGUACAUCCAAUGUAUCUUUGUUUUAAAACCACAAGAUUCAUAAGUG